AUGCCAAUAGAUAAACCUCAAUUCUCAGUCGCGAUCAUUGGAGGAGGCGUGGCGGGCAUGACCCUCACCAUCGCUCUCGCCAAAAGAGGCAUCGACGUACGAAUCUACGAGCAAGCACCGCAGUUCACUGAAAUAGGCGCUGGCAUUGCCUUUUCUCCCAAUGCAAAGCAAGCAAUGGAACAGUGCGAUCCAUUGGUCCACGAGGCAUACCUUCGCGUCGCCACGUCAAGCGGAUCACCCGACAAGAUCAAUACGUGGUAUGACUUUGUCGAUAGCUAUACUGGCUCUGAGCAGUGGCUUUUUGAUGUCACGAGGGAUGCUCCGGCUGAUGGAUGUCACCGCGCGCAUUUCCUGGAAGAGAUGAUUAAACUUGUUCCUGAGGGAGUUGCACAAUUCAACAAGCAUCUUGACAAAAUCAUGGAAAACGGGCGAUCCAACCCACUGACACUGAAUUUCUCAGACGGAACGACUGCAGAGGCUGAUAUAGUGAUCGGUAGCGAUGGAAUAAAGUCUAGCGUUCGCGGCAUAUUAUUUGGACAAGAUGCUCCCGAAGCCAAACCUACUUACACACAUCGAUAUGCAUACCGAGGUCUGCUAAAUAUGGACAAUGCCAUCAAAGCUCUCGGAAAAGAUCUAGCGACCAACAGAACAAUGCACAUGGGGCAGGACGGUCACGUCUUGACUUUUCCAGUUGCACACGGCAAAAUCUUGAAUGUAGUCGCAUUCAGAUACGACACCGACGAAUGGACGGAUGCAAGACUUGUAGUCCCAACAACCAAAGAAUCUGCCAAACAAGACUUCAAGGACUGGGGUGCUAAAGUACGGGCACUCCUCGACCUUUUGGAAGACAAGCUUGACAAAUGGGCCAUCUUUGAUCUGGGAGAUCAUCCACUGCCGACGUACGCAAAAGGACGAGUAGCAGUUAUUGGAGACGCUGCUCACGCAACAGGACCUCACCACGGAGCGGGCGCGGGUAUCUGCAUCGAAGACAGCGCAAUUUUGGCUGAGCUGCUCCAUACAGCAUGGAAUAGACUCGAAGAACAAUCCACCAAGGUCGCAAAAACAGAGACGCUGGAAAAGGUCUUGGAAGUAUUUGAUGCAGUGAGACGAGAGCGCACACAGUGGCUGGUACAAAGCAGCCGAGAUAGCGUAGAGUUGUACGAGUGGAGAGAUCGGUUGUGUAAACGUGAUCCGGCAAAGCUCAAGGAGCAGAUAUUGUGGCGCAAUCACAAAAUCUGGAGGGUGGACAUCAGAGACAUGGUCGCGGAGGCGAAUAGGAAGCUUGAGGAGCAAAUCGUGUAG